CUAUUGACUGGAAGACCACCUUCCCCACAAUGCGGAGACUGAAGCGCAAAGCAGCGGAGAUGCAACCAUCUGCUGCUGAGGACGCCGACGAGCCCCCAGCCAGAAAACUGCCUAUGGCGAUCCUUGCUUCAGUCCCGCCCGAGUACACCCUGGUCAGCGUUGAAGUCCUGAAGCUUCCAAGCAGUCUGGAACUGCUUCCAGGAAGCCAGGCAGACUCUGUGGCACCAUCAGAGAUCCCACAUUUAACAUCCCGUGCCACACAAGAAGCUGACCAGGCGCAGCAGCAGAGCUGCACAGAAGUGGGGAAAGAACACUUCUCUGAGGAUGAGGACCUCGAGAAGUUACUGAUGGAAGUCACAGAAGAAGAACUCGAUGCAGAAAUUGAUGACGACUCUGUGGAUAUAGAUGAGCUCCUAAUGGAGCUCUGAGACCAACGACAUCACAACAUCAUAGUCUGAUUGUAUAUUUUACAAC